UUGAAUGACCAGGCAGCUGGGCUUCUUUGUGAGGUAAAUAUUGCUUGUGUAUGUGAGAGACAGCAGGCUUGACAAAUCCCUUUGACCUGUCUUAUCUACGCCUAGAUAAUGCUGACUGCGAAAGAAACGACUUUCAUUUGCUCCACUGAGCUGUCAGGAUGAAGACACAGUCGACCAACCUUCGAGUCAGGUUACCCGUGUUCGUGUUUGCCACAGAGGUGGUUAUUGUUUCCUUGUAUGCUUUUUUUGUCACCUACGAUGAGAAUGCGGAUGCCAGAUUUCAGAACAACAAGACUAACCCCAUGGACAAUGCAGUGUACAGGGACUACCCAUUUUUUACUGACAUACAGGUCAUGAUAUUUCUCGGGUUUGGAUGCCUGCUGGCAUUUUUUCGACUCUAUGGCUUCGGGGGGAUGGUUUUUAACUUCCUCACAGCUACUUUUGCCAUCCAGUGGGCCAUUUUGGUGCAGGGGUACUUCCAGUUCAGCCAUGACGGUAAGAUCCAUCUUGGAGUCAUCAACCUGAUAAAUGCAGAGUUUGCCUGUGCUGUGGUGCUGAUAUCUUUUGGGGCAGUGCUGGGGAAGACAAGUCCUUUGCAGCUGUUGAUCAUGGCUCUGCUGGAAGUGCCAGUGUUUGCGGUCACAGAGUGGGCCGUGCUCAAGUAUCUGAAGAUCAACGAUGCAGGAGGUUCAAUUCUCAUUCAUCUCUUUGCCUGUUAUUUUGGCUUGGGGGUCACUUUUGUACUGUACAGGCCGCAACUAAAUGAAGGUCAUGCAAAGGAGAUCACAAGCUACCAGUCUGACAUCCUCUCUGUGAUGGGGACCUUGUUCCUCUGGGUGUUUUGGCCCUCCUUCAACUCAGCAUUGACCCUGAAAGGAGAUGACCAGCACAGAGCCAUCCUCCACACGUUCAUCGGCCUCAGUGCCUCCACGCUCACAGCCUUUGCUCUCUCGGCCAUGCUUAACAAAAAUGGCAAGCUCUCCAUGGCCGAUGUUCAGAACGUGACCCUGGCUGGAGGUGUGACAGUCGGGGCCUCUGUGGAUAUGAUGAUAUCACCUGCUGCUGCGUACGCUCUCGGUAUGAUGGGCUGCACUGCAUGUAUGCUGGGCUACAAGUACUUGAGCCCCUUCCUGGCACGGCACUUCAGGAUCCAGGAUCAGUGUGGGAUACAUAAUUUGCAUGGUCUAACGGGACUUAUAUCCUGUGCUGCAGGGAUAUGUGCCAUACUGAUGGCUAAUGAGGAGCUUUAUGGCCCCAGUUUGUAUGAGAUCUUUACCCACAGAGCACCAGUUGAAGGAGACCCUAAGCUGCAGGAGCUCCAGGUGUUGAUACCCGGUUUACAGCCAGGGUUGGGGAGGACUGCCCAGGAGCAGGCUCUCUUCCAGGUCGCAGCUGUGUUCUCCACAAUAGGAGUGGCAGCACUUGGCGGUAUCCUCACAGGCUUAGUCUUGAAGCUGCCAUACCUCGCCUCACCGUCCGAUGAUUUGUGUUUUGAUGAUGAACUAUAUUUUGAUGUUCCUCCAGACUACGAUUCACCACUUAAACUGAAUAACACAAUAACAACAGAGGACUCUACUGCUUGACAUGCACAGUACAUGUGACUGAAGAAAAAAAUGUGAAAAAGCCUGUAACUAUUAACUACUGAUUUAAUGUUUAUAUCUAUUGCAUUGUAGUCAAACUAGUGAUCAUAAAUAACAAUGACAAACAAUGCCAGUGUAUCUGUCUAAUGCAUACUGUCUAAUUACAACCAGUAAUUGUGUUAUUUAUUCCCCUACAUGAAAACAUAAUGCAGAACUGAAUGUCAUAAUUCUCUUGGCCGGUUCGUCUGAAGUUUCUGAUGUAAAAUAAACUCUGCAUAAGCUGUAUGCACUUUUUUCCAGUAAUUACGUUAAUAAUCCAAGCAGUGGAAAGGAGGAAGAAGAACAUUUCAACAUGUAAGUUUGCCAAUAAGCUCCUUGAAAUGCACCUUUUUGUUUUCAAAGGAGUCAGACACAAAAACAUGGACUCUAACAAACAAUUUAAUAAGAAUGAAAUGAAAUAAA